UGCGGUUUUUCUGUGUGCUCACGAUUUUUCUAGAGGAAAUAGAGUGCUUCAACUAUAAGGAAACAUCUAAAUAUCCAUAAAACGAACAUUCUUUGAGGUUACAAUAAAUAUUUUCUCUUAAACAAGCACAUUUAAUUUAACAAAAUCCAUUUCCUUGUUGUUACAAUGGGCCUUCUUUACGCGGAUUGAAAACAGUGUUAAUCGCCGGCAGCCGCAUCGCACUUUCGUAUAUCCUUACUACUAUUUACGAGGUCUAUCUCGAAGCUUGCCCGGAGAUGGCCGAGUUGUUACGAUUGGGAUUUGGUGGGAUGGCGAAAAGAAAGUAGAAAUGAAAUAAUAGUAUCUACACACCAGAACAGCCGCAUAAGUGUAGUUUCCUUCCGGUUGUCAUUUGGCAAAAAAGAAAAUGAAAAAGCUGAAAGACUUAAGCCGCAAAAUUGCGUUCAAGCAAGCUACAUGGUGCUGUCUUGUAGAAACAAAUAACUGACAAAUGUGGCGUGAGUUUUGUGGUCACAGACUGCAUUGUUACAUGUGUUUCUUUAAGGAUAUGAAUGUCUUGAUAUAUUGAGGUGUCCAACCAACGCUAAGCUAGUUCUCUGAUCUAUCCAUAAUCUAAUCUGCUUGCCGAUUACAAAUUUCUAAAAUAAACGGCUGAAAAACAUCGUAUAUCAAGAUCUGAUGUAACCCAAAUGAGUCCAGUAUGUUUAAAACCACAGACAUCAACACGCCAGAAUCACGCAACUGGCUUAAACAGUGGCGGGCUGUGUACAUCACUAGACAGGCCCUUCUGCUCACUGUCAGUGAUGUGGCCGACCAGUUGCAUGGGGAUAUUGUGCAAAGAGUACCGGUUCCAGCAUGCACCACAUGCACGUCUAAAGAUGUACGAAUGAAAAAUGCAAGUUGCCCAUAUCAUAUCGAUAUUCGAGAUGAGUUGGUCAAAGAGCAUGCUUAUGGACAAGUAAAAGGCAUAGGUGCACUAACGUUGAAAAACACAAAAGCAGAAAACUGGGUUCACUCACCAUGGGAGCUCGCUAAGGUGUUCAUGCCACCAGCUGGAUAAAGGAACAAAACCACAUUUGAAGAAACAGAUUUUAAUGGCAUUGCUGGCUUCAUAAUUAACUGCAUGCGUUUCCAGGGAAAAAUCAAAGGCAGUAUCUGUAAAAAGGCUCGAGAAGUGGUCAACCACAUUCGGAGCAUGCCGGACUUUUCUUCCAGCGCACUAACUGACCAGGCAACAACCGAAUGCAUAGAUAACCUGUACGCUCUACUGAAUGAGCCAGGGCUUAGAAAUCGACCAGAGGCGACACAGGCUAGGAAACAAUUGGACGAGCUGAAGACAGCUGACCCAUCCACAGAUGAAGAUACACGCAAGUUAACCGUUAACCGGUUGCCUGAGGAACUGGAAGUUUAUAAUCAGAUACCAACGGAAGCUAACGGAUUGGAUGAAAACAAACUUGGCAUGAUUGUUAAAGCUUUAGGAGAGGGCCAUGAAGAAGUACAAAGAAUUCGAGCAAUGGUUGUUGGCAUGUUUUCUGUUGGAAAAACUUCCCUUGUCAAUAACCUCAUUGACACUUCAAAGAAUAUUAGACCACCACAUGAUAAUAUUGAACAAUAUCCACAAAGUACUGUGGGCAUUGAUGUACAUUUGUGUAAGAUUGAAAAUGAAAAGUGGAAAAAGCUGGCCUUUAUGCCUAAACGAAAUAUUAGACAUAGGAUUGAAAAUAGUAUUAAAAAGCAAGAAGAAACGCAGGAGGAAAAGAUGGAUGUAUGUGAACAGACUGAGGAAAAUGCACAAGUAUAUACGAAGGUAAAGAAAUAUAUUGAACAAGAUGAAAUAGAAAACAGAAAAGAAAUUGCUCAAACUGCUCAUACCACAGCUCAUGAAGAAAUUAAAGCAAAAACAGACACCCAUGAAAACCCACCACUUGUUUCAGUAUGGGACUUUGCGGGGCAGAAUUUGUAUUAUUCAACUCACCACUUUUUCUUCAACAAGCGGUCAAUUUACCUUUUGGUUAUGGAUAUGACAAAAGAGUUAGAUGAUGUUGUAGAAGAAAGUAAAUCAGUGGCUGGUCUGGUUCAUGAACACUUCACCUCCCUGGAUAUAUUUAAAUUCUGGCUGAACUCAAUCAAUAUGUACAGCUCAAUCCGUGAUCAAGAACAAGAAUGUAAACCAACCGUGAUCUUGAUAGGCACUCGCAGAGAUCAAAUGAAAGGCUCAGAAGAACAUAAAGAAGAUAAAAUGCAUGCCUUCUUUAAUAAAGCCUUGAGUCACUUUCCUGACAGCAGUAUUUUGAAGCAUGUUCAUUUUAAAAAAUUUCUCGUGAACAAUCAAGAUACAAAACACCCAGUUUUUGAUGAAAUAAGAAAUGAAGUUAAAAAGCUUGCUGAAGUCCAGCCGUAUUGGAAUGAAAAGUAUCCUCUAAAAUGGAUACAGCUUGAGAAAACCUUUGAGCAAAUGAGGGAGCAAGGAAAAGUUAUAGUAAAUUUGCGUGAUGUUGAAGCUGCGAACAGAGAGAAUCCAGCGCCUUUGGGCAGUGAUGAGCUGCAGUUAUUCUUGGAAAUGCAGCACAUGUAUGGGAACAUCCUUUACUUUGACACAAAGGAAUUGAAAACUAGUGUCAUGUUGUCCCCACAAUGGAUCAUUGAAGUCUUUAAAUGCUUCAUCAGCCAUAAAGAGAAACAUGUUUCACCACAACUCGUUAAAGAGUGGCAAAAUUACAAAGAAUGCGCCAUAUUAGAACCGCGGCUGCUUGAGGCAAUUUUUGAACACAGUGAUCGACGGAUUAGAGAAAAUGCUGAUGUUGUCGUAGAAUACAUGAAACACCUGGAUAUUAUAGCCAAGCCGAUACAUUGGGGUGAUCACGAUGAACAGGUUAAAAAAGAAGUGCAAGAUGACACCAGCUAUGUGGAUCCAAAUAACAGAGGUCCCAUUUGUUCAAAAUUUUAUAUCUUACCUUGCCUGCUCAACGCAAAAAAAGGUGAUUGGGAAGAAAUUACAAAACCACCUGUUUGGCUUAACACCCAAGCACUCUGUUUUGUCUUCAGAGACAAGUUUAUGCCACCAGCUAUUUUCCACCGGCUACUGGCCUUUUGCAUUAGGACUUGGGAAAUUGCAAAGUCGGAGGGGAAAAGGCUGCUGUACAAAGGAUUUGGAGUAUUUAAAGUAAAGCAGGCCCAGCUGAGACUAUGGUACUUUGACCACAUUAUCUACGCAAGGAUGUCAUUUUUAUCUAAUGAUAAUUACAUGAAGCAAAAAGAGGAGCAAUAUUCAGAAAAGGCGAUAAACAGAUGCGAUUGUCAAUAUGUUCGCGGACAAUUGUAUAGAGCUCUUACGGCAAUCCUUGAAAUACUACCAAGAUCAAAACAUGUCACAAAGACUUCGCCUUUUGAAGAAUACAUCCAGUGUCCAAAAUUAAACACACACAAUCAAGGCCUGUUUAGAGUCGAUGAUUUCAAAAUCAACGAAAGCAUGAGCUGCAGUGAUGAUCAUGAGGAAAGUGCUCCUCACUUAAUUGAAAGAUCGAUUCUUCAGUAUUGGUACCCCGAAUAUUUCAAUAAUGUCCAAGCAGCACAGGAAUUGCCAGAAAUAGCAAGAGUUUCAGGCCUGGAUGAUGAUGGUUCUUAUGGUAUGACCUCAGCCUUGGAGUCAAAACGUCUACCGCCAGAAACAAGGAUACGUUGUGAGCCUAGGACAGUGCAUUGGAAGAAAGUUGUCCCAAGUGAUAAACAGCUGAUGAAUUUGGCUAAACUUGUUGGUGGCGAGUGGAAGAGACUUGGACUUCAACUAAAUCUAAAAGAGCCGAAAUUGCAACAGCUAAAUUUAGACCACUGUGCCAAAGGGGUUGUCACAGUUGUUUAUGAAAUGUUGUUAGUUUGGAAGAAGCGGAACGCAAGACCAACACUAUGGGACCUCGGAACCUGUAUUGCAAGGUCAGGAGUCAGUUUCGAGUGGGAGAGUGUGCCAGUAGAUGUGUUUGAAACGGGAGAUCAGGUAUAUGAAGCGUCGGAGAGCCCUGAGAUGGACACACGAACUGGAGCACAAGGCACUUCUGACUAAGUUUCCUGCAGACGGUGAACACAGACGUGUACACGCGCGAAAAAUACAUGGUUUGGUCAUGACCAUAGUUAAUAUGUGCCUCAAACAAUAACAUUUUAGCUCCAUAUAUAGAGUGGUGAGAGCACAAGGUUUCAGUCUUGAGCCUAGAAGAUCGUGGGUCCAACCAGGGACAUGAUUUUCUCGGCAUGUCAGGUACACCUGAAAUUGACUGGAUUGUGAUUCAAAUCUGGCUGAAUGCUGUCUUAACAAUACAGCUAAAAUAUAUUUGGGUUUAUACCAAAUUAACAUUGUGAUAAUAUCAUAUAAAUCUUCAGUUUGUUUGACUGUUUGAACAGACAUGUUUUGCUUACUUUUUAUUGUUUUGAAUUUUUAAUUAAACAUUUUAGUUCAAUAUUAUUUUAUCGUAUGGCAUUAUGCAUAUAGAGCUACCCAUUGGUGUAAGUUAAGUAUCAGUACUUGGUUUUACAGGAAGGUGCAGCAGCCGGCUUGCUACUGCAUGCAUUAACUUCAAGAAUGUGUUUGUAAUAUGACUAGAUGUUGAAAUGGCUUACUGUGAUUCAAUUGUAUAUAUGCAUAAGUAGCUACUGAUCUGUGAGAUUAAUUUUAAAUCAUAAUCAUAUUUUCGAUUUUUAGUAAAAAGAGUAUAACAUGUUUUGGCCAAAAUGAUGAUAGCAGAUGAUAUAAAAAAAAUCUUUAUUUGAAGAAAAGCUAAUUUUAUUUACACAUGUAUAUGAGACUUAAUCAUUAUUUUUUUUAUAGCAAAAGCCUCUUAGCGUUAAAGAAAUUUAAAAGUGAUUUGGUUUUUCAAGGCACUUUGUUUGCUUUUUUUUCUGCCGUAUUUGUAUGUUUUUCUUUUAGAAGCUGAAGCUUGCUGUAGAACUAUUUUGGUAUAGCCAUAAUUAUUAAAUGUUAUAGAAUUAUGUACUGUUUUAUAAUAUACAUUUACAGUGGAUUAAUUCUUGUAUGUUUUUAAUAAUUAUUGUAUGUAUUAUAGAUUCAUAUGUUAACCUUUCAUCAUAAAAAUGUUUGCCAUUGUUUAGAUCAGCAAAUGUUUUGUUCUAGUUUGUUGUGCCAUAGUUGUAAUUGUAUAAAAGUUAACAUGUAUUGUGUAUUCUUAUAAAGGACCAAGACACUAUGCAAAAAUGGAUCAAGAACUGACAUUUUGUGUUUUCGGACGAAAUUGUUUGUUUUUAGUAGUAAAAAUAAUUGCGCAAUAUUCAUUCCAUCUUGUGCUCAACCAUUCAUAUUAUGAAUGUUGUACCAUUCAUAACAUUAUAUGAUCUUCCGUAAACAAAUGUGUUUUCAUAGCAGAAUAUCAUUUUGUGGCUAAGAAUUUUAUGUGAUCGUUAAUUAUGCUCCCCUUCCAAGAAAAGGGGUAUAUUGCUUUGCACAUGUCGGUCAGUCCGUCGGUAGACCAAAGGUUGUCCGAGUGAUACCUCAACAAUUCCUGUAUAUAUGGUCAUCAAACUUGACAUGGAGGUUGGGCCUGACCAGUAGAUGACCCCUAGUGAUUUUAGGGCUCAUCGGGUCGAAGGUCAAGGUCACAGUGACCUUUAAUGGUAAAAUAAUUUUAAAGCUUGUCCGAAUGAUAACUCAACAAUGCCUAGACCUAUGGUUAUCAAACUUGAUAUGGAAGUUGGGCCUGACCAGUAGAUGACCCGUAUUGUUUUUGAGGGUCAUCUGACCAAAGGUCAAGGUCAUAGUGACCUUGAAUGGCAAAAGGUUGUCCGAGGGAUAUCGCGACAAUGCCUGCACCCAUGGCCCUCAAACUUGACUUGGAGGUUGGGCUUGACCAGUAGAUCACCCCUAUUGAUUUUAGGGGUCAAAUGUCAAGGUCACAUUGACCUUGAAAGCAAACUCGACAAUUCCUUGACCUAUGGUCCUCAAACUUGAUAUAAAGUUUUGACCUGAUCAGUAGAUGACCCCUUAUGACUUUGGGGGUCAUUGGGCCAAAGUUAAAGGUCACAGUAACCAUUAACGCAAAAAAGUUAACAAAUCUUCUCUAAGGUCAAGGUCACAGUGAAAUGAAAGCGAAAAUGUUGUUUGAGUGAUAACUCGACAAUGCCUGCACCGAUGGCCCUCAAACUUGACUUGGGGUUGCGUCCAACCUGUAGAUGACCCCUUAUGAGUUAAGGGGUCAAAGGUCAAGGUCACAGUGACCUUGAACCAAAAAGCUUGUCUGUGUGAUAACUUGACAAUGCCUGCACCUAUGGCCCUCAAACUUCACAUAUAUGUUUUUGGCUGAACAGCUGAUGACUCUUAUGGAUUUUGAGGUCAUAGAGUCAAAGGUCAUUGUCAUAACACACUCUAUCCUCACACUUUGAUUGUUCAUAAUCUUAAAACUGCCUCAACGGCAUCCAAUGUCAGUGACAAAAUCAGCUGUCUUUUCGGCCCAUGCAUAUUUCAUUCACAAUUGUCCAUAUAAUUUUGACAACAUGGCGCUCAGGGAGGGGGGGGGGGCAUAAUGUUUGACAAACCUCUCUUGUUACGGUUUGUAUUACACAUAAAAAGUACUAAAAUAUAUCAACAAAUGUUUUAUUUUUGUGUAGUAUGAAGACAUACCUUACAGAAGAAAAUGACUUAAGGAAGGCACACUAAUCGUGAUAUGGCAUAUUAAUUGUACUCUUUAUAAGGAUCUAAUUUGUGUGAUGUCAAAAUAGGUGUUCAGUGUUUGUGCUCCUUAUUAGGAGGAGCAUAUAGUCGCGGCUUCGUCCGUGCGUCCCUAAUUGUAUUACAACAUUCAUAAAAAAUUUGCGGUUGGGGAGCAUCCAUCGCUUAUCUUUUGAAAGAAGUGAUAUUUACCUUACUAAAGGAUAAAUAUCAAAGAAUGUUAGCAAGAAGAUAAAUUAUGUUUUAUUAUUAUUUACUUUAUUACCUUAUUUUUAACGAAUAAACAACCUAACCAAGACA